GAGCGUGAGAAAGAAGAGAGGAAAGAAAGAGAAAAUAGGAAAAGAAGUAUUGACGAGAAAGGGAUGUCAGAUACUAUUGUUAAAAAGAAGAAGGAACAAGAAAGUGAAGAAAAAAUAAAAAAAUUGGAAAAAAAACUUCAAACAUUAGAAAAGCAGAGAGAACAGCAUCUUCGUAGAAGGGAGAUUGAUGUGCAGAGGCGAGAGCAGCUGAUUCGUGCACGGGAUCAUCAGAAUGCUGCUUAUGUCCCAACUUCUGUGUUUCAGAAUACGUACAGGCGACCUUUCCGUGGAGGCUCCUUCAGAGGGCAGCGAAAAGGAAAUCCAGGAAGAACAUGGGGUCAACCUCGCAAUAACAACCAAAAUUACAAUUGGAAUUACUAAUUAUUUUUUAUAACACAGUU